AUCAAAAAUAUUCUUCUUGAAGAAAUUAACCUAUAAUCCAUUUUCUAAAGGCAUGCAGAUAUAGCUUUGAUGCAAAUGUGGGACAGUCCAAAUUCAUUCAAGCAUACAUCCUGGCUGAGAAAAACAAGACACCACUGGGUUAGUAUAAUAGCAGUGAAGACUGGGACCAGUGUUGUAUAAAGACUGAUCUGUGUUAUUUCAGAACGUUUUUUAAUCUCUGGACCAAACAUUUGUUAACGCAAUGGGGACAGUCACAAACAUUCUCCUCUGCAGCGUUGUCGUGGUUAUUGCUCAGAAUGAGGUGACUUUAGAGCCGGACAGGCCCUUUUUGAGGAUACAGGUCUUCCAGAGAGCUGUUUUGGAGUGCUGCUACAGUACCAUUGGGACGUCAGUGACAUUCACUUGGAUCAAACUGGCUCAGAACAAAACCUUGGCUCAACGUGCUGUGGAGUUUUCAGACACUGUGACUAAAGACAGCAAAAUAGACAAAUCCUGUGGCACCCUAACCUUCCACCGAGUCCAGCUGAGUGACUCUGGACUGUACCAGUGUUGGCUGAACGGCAGCAGCGGCGGUCUCCUCUCACAUGGCACCUACCUGCAGGUCUACAAACCAAUGGAGAAAACAAUAAACCUCAGUGAAAGCACCAAAAACAAGAUCCUGACAGCUGAGGGAGUCUUACUGCUACUGUGUGUGCUUGUGCCUUCUGUCACCCUUCUCUUCAAGUCAAAGAGACUAAAUGAACUGGAGAAAAAGAAAGCAAAGAAGGAAGAGGAAAACAUAUAUCAGGGGCUAAAUCUGGACGAUUGUUGGUCCACAUAUGAUCAGAUUGAACGCUCCCAGGCACAUGGCCCAUACCAGGAUGUGGGCAACAUUAAAGAGGAGGAGGAGGAGGAGAUUCAACUGGAGAAACCCUGAAGGAAAGGGGAAGAUAGAGAAAGGGGAAAUGUUGAGUAUAUUUUGAAAGUUUAACUGUGUGAUAUCUAAAUUGAAGGAGAGUCUUCAACAAGCAUAUUUGGAAUUUGUACAUAAGCUGCAGUUUUAGUUUUAGCAUCUGAUAACCCAGUUUGUUUAAUUUGAGAUGCAACAUUCAUUAUUAUACUUGGAAACAGCCUCACAAGGGUCCACUCAGAUAGGGUCAUAGCCAUUCAACUGAUCUCAACAGACCUUCAUUGCUCUGCUUCUCCACGUAAGGAAGUCAAACACCGUUCAUGUAAACACACUGUCCACACAAAGAUGACACUGGUUUAAAUUUGGCAUAGUAUCCUUUUAACAGAGGACACGCCCUCUGUAGCUGCAGCAACUUCUGAGUGAGGUCGAGCUUGCUUUGUUGUCGGCUUCUUUUAAUGUUCAUUAAACAAUCUAUAUUGAAUUUCAUGUAUUUUACUGAAUGGCUUUAUGAUGUGUGACAAUAUAUCUACUUUCUGUCAUUUCUAUGAGUACUCAACGAA